AUGUGGUUUGCCUUAAAUUCGCUGCGCCAACCUCAGACGAAAACUGGGCCAGAAUUGACAUUGAAAGGCCUACCACAAUCUGAGCGUCUUCUUCUUUGUGCUCCUUAUGAAACACUUCACACUUCCCAAGAAUGGGAUUCGAAGUUCCGUGUUGGAGCUCUUAGGCAAUCUGGCACCUCAAAUGCUGAAUGGUCAUAUGCCGAUACGAAUUGGGGUACAAAUUAUCCCCAAUGUAACGGUAAUCGCCAAUCACCAAUACACAUACAGUCACAAAAUACAUACCUAUUGCCAACAAAGCCAUUAAGGUUUAAAAAUUACGAUAUACCUCUGCUGGGUCCCAUUGAGCUCACUAAUAAUGGUCACUCAGUUGAAUUUUCGGUAACCGAAACAGUAGAUGGUCGCAUACCCACUAUUACUGGUGGCAUUCUGAAAGGAACCUACGAGGCGGUGGGUGUACAUUUCCACUGGGGUGGUCCCGGCAGCAAAGGUUCCGAACAUAUUAUUGAUGGCCGGCAAUUUGAUGUUGAAAUGCAUAUUGUCCAUAGGAAAACUACCUUCGCCACUAUGGAAGAAGCCACCCAGUCGCCAUAUGGAAUUGUAGUUUUGGGUGUAAUGUUCAAGGCGGUUCAGAAUCCCGAUCGUUAUUAUCCCGGCUUAAAUAGAAUCUUCAAUAAAUUAUCAAAUGUCGAAACGUACGGCUCAUCGACAUUCCUCGAUGGUUCAAUAUCAUUGGGUCAAUUAUUGGGUGAUUUAAAUACGAAAAAUUUCUUCACCUAUAAAGGUUCGUUGACAACGCCCGGCUGUUCGGAGGCUGUAUUGUGGCAUGUCUUCCCCGACCCUAUGCCAAUUGCUCAAGAACAUAUAGAGAAAUUUUGGACUCUAACCGAUUCAAAUGGUCAACCGUUGACAAAUAACUUUAGACCAACACAAGACUUAAAUGGUCGUAAGAUCUUUUAUCGGGUAGGAUUUAAAGCAAUUUAA